AGUAGGAGAGACACGUGAAUCAAACCAGAAACGAGACUGCUCAUUUAAACUGUAUGACAGGCGGAUGGAAUGCGCUCUCAGAGCAUCUUGCGGUUAACUUUGGACUCUGUGUGGGGACUCGUUGACCGUGCGCGCAUGGGUUCCGUGACAGGUUGUAAAGAAGGAAUUCCAACACUAUUUUUAAAGCCACACGCGGAUCUGGGGGCGUGGACCGCUCGAGCACAGACUGUUUGGUUCGAGGAACAUUUUAAUGUGACUGUUGGAUGUGGAUUGUCGUACCGCUCUACCGGCUUGGAGUGCCCCGGCAUACCCAAAGCAUUUGGACACAACACGGUCCGAGCUGUCGCUCUCGUUGGUUCGGGAUUGCUUUGAGUUUAAAAUUAUAUUUUCUGUCAAUUUCCCUGUGGAAUACGUACAUUUUGCUCCGAUUGAGGGAUUACAAGAGUGAGGGCGGCGUGGAAGGAAUAGGUUACUACAGCGGGAGCAAAGCGUCUCCAAAUGGCGCAACGUUGGAACGUUUAUGAUUACAUAUAACUAAACCAAUUACUGAAUACGGUAACACUUUCUAAUCCGUCUAAAUCUGGAACAAUUCUUGGUUUUAAAUAAUGAUUUUUUUCUUUGCCUAAAGUGAUUGUUUACCGUGAACCUGGCAUGUCAAUAUGGGCGAGUAACAUCGAUGGCAAAUGACAUCGGGGAUUUGAGCGCUAUCACUGCAUCCACUGAACUCAUCUCCGUCUGCAAAUAUUGGCAUGUGUCAAAGGAUAUCAGUGUAUUUCGUUUCACUGACCUUUUUCACCAGACGGGUUUAUUGGAUGUUAUCACAGAAUAACGGGAGGCCAUAUAUUCCAUAUUCCCUAUCAAAAAUAAUAGAAUUUUGAACUACGUAGCCUACAGUUUAGGCUAUUAUUUUUGAGUCAUGGAUUCUAACAUUUGCAUUGUCCUUUCUUCGUGUGUUCCUGACAUUUAGACUGCAUUAAUUGCGAAGAUACUGCCAUUUUCAUUUGCAUUUAACAAUGAGAUUUAAAAUCCGUUUGGGGAAGUAAUUAUUGGUGGUGUUCUGUUCUGCACUCUUUACAUUAGCCUAUUUACAGUAGCUACAACACCCAAACAUGACAAGCACCGGACCUGUCAUCGUGUUUGAGUGGCUGAAGACCCUCCAGCUCUCUCAGUAUGUGGAGUCCUUCGUGGAUAACGGCUACGAUGAUCUGGAAGUUUGCAAACAAAUUGGAGACCCCGACCUGGAUGCUAUCGGUGUCUACAUACCGCACCACCGGCAAAGGAUCCACGACGCGGUGCAAAGGCUGAAAGACGAUGAUAAGGAGACUGCGGCGGGGCUGUAUUUUACACUUGAGCCGAUGCCCCCCGCGUCCGAAAUGUGUCCUAGUCACCUGGUGGACCAGUACGAGUCUAAACUCCGGGGGUCCAAGUCUUGGACCGAACCGAAUAGUGACCGGGUCGGGAGGAAUGGGGGCGCGUAUCUGGGCGCGCAGAGGAACCUGACGCUUGGAAACCGGAGGGAGCUGGUGAUUUACCCCAAACUGAAGCUGAAGAUCAUGAUUAGGGAUAAAGUCAUCAGAGAUGGAGUCAACCUUGCCAGGCCACCAUACUCAAACAAGGAUGGUUCUCUGGGGAACAUUGAUGACCUGGCCCAGGAGUAUUCUGAGUACUACAACACCUGCUUCAGUGACGUCAGCGACCGCAUGGAGGAGCUACGCAAGAGACGUGUGUCCCAGGACCUCGACAUGGAGAAAGUUGACACAAGCCCCACCUCUCUGCAGCUUCGCUCGGAGAUUCAGGAGUCCCUUGGUUUCAGCAGUGAGGUAUCCACUCCAGAAACAGAGAGAAAGAUGUCUCUGCACAAGUCCAGCUCGGAAGACGGCUCUGGAGGUAAAUGGGACAAUAAGAAGAAGAACAAAUCCUUCUGGCAGAAUUUCCGCAAGACGUCUCAGAAGGGAGUCAUGCAGCAGACGUCAAAAGGAGAGGACAUAGGCUACGUGGCCAGUGAGAUCACCAUGAGUGAUGAAGAGCGCAUCCAGCUGAUGAUGAUGGUGAAGGAGAAAAUGAUCACUGUGGAAGAGGCUUUAGCUCGGCUGAAGGAGUAUGAGAACCAUAGCAGACAGUCCAGCAGUACUGACACUGCAGAGUGGACUGAUGGAUCCACUCCCAAUCUAAACCAGUCCUCAAACUGCAAAUCUCGGGAGCAGUCUGAUGAUGAGCAGACAGAGGACUCAAUGAAGUUCAAACGGCUCCACAAGCUGGUCAACUCUACCCGCCGCGUCAGGAAGAAACUCAUCAAGGUGGAAGAGGGCAAGAAACACGGCUCCGAAGAUUCUCUGAGCUUAGAGGCAUCUCCUACCUGUGAGGACAACACAGCCUUGUACACAGGGGUCCUGAAGAAGUCCAGCCUGCCCCAGGAUGCCUCCAUGUCCUCCCUGACCCAGGACCAGCUCUCUCUGGAUGGGGACACAGACAGCUUGACCACCUCCCCUUCCUCCAGCAGCCUGGACACUACCUGGUCCGGACACAAGCUGGUCAAGGCCUUCUCUAAGUCCAGCAGCACCCACGGCCUCAUCCGGCCUCCCAGGAGACUCGCUGCUGGGCCUGAGGGUUUGGGAGCCGUCGGGGUGGGAGGUAGUGGAUCCUCCUUCUCAGAGCUGGAAGGCUGUGGUGCCGAGGCCGAAGAGAAGGUGUCGCACUCCAUGACGGAGGGCGAGAUGCGGAAAGCCCUGACCUCUCUCUCCCAUGGGAGGACAUGUAGUUUUGGAGGGUUUGACCUGUCCAACAGGUCACUCCAUGUGGUCAGUGCAGGCUCAGAGCACAAUAGUAAGGAUCCAGAGGCUGUAUACCGGGAGGUAGUCAAGUCUCCCAACACGUCUCGUAUCUCUCUGGGGAAGAAGGUCAAGUCCGUCAAAGAGACCAUGAGAAAACGCAUGUCCAAGAAGUACAGCAGCUCACUGUCUGAACAGUCGAGCCCAGACGGGACUCCCAGCUCCCCCCAGUCCCCUCAGCCAGACACAGACUCUCUGGAGAAACCCAAGCUAAAGGCUGGAGGAUCAGUGGAGAGCCUCCGGAGCUCCCUUAGUGGACAAAGCUCCAUGAGUGGUCAGACGGUCAGCACCACAGACUCGUCAGCCAGUAACAGAGAGAGUGUUAAGUCUGAGGAUGGAGAUGACGAGGAGCCUCCCUACAGAGGGCCCUUCUGUGGCAGAGCACGAGUACACACUGACUUUACCCCUAGCCCCUACGAUUCCGAUUCCCUCAAACUAAAGAAAGGGGAUGUGAUCGACAUCAUCAGUAAGCCACCCAUGGGGACGUGGAUGGGCCUGCUCAAUAACAAGGUGGGCACCUUUAAGUUCAUCUAUGUGGACGUGCUGAGUGAGGAGGAGGAGAAGCCCAAGAGACCCGUGAGGAGAAGGAGGAAGGGCAGACCUCCCAAACCCACCUCUGUAGAAGAGCUGCUGGAACGCAUCAACCUCAAGGAGCACAUGCCUACCUUCCUGUUUAACGGUUAUGAGGACCUGGACACCUUCAAGCUGCUGGAGGGGGAGGAUCUAGAUGAGCUCAACAUCAAAGACCCUCAACACAGAGCUGUGCUGCUCACCGCUGUGGAGCUACUGCAAGAGUAUGACAGCAGCAGCGACCCUGAGCGGAGCGGCCUGUCAGGCUCUCAGGAGAAGCUGCUAUCAGAGGGCCACAUCCUGGUGGGCGACUCACCACGUGACUCUGGCUGCUAUGAGAGCAAUGAGAACCUGGAGAAUGGCAAGACCAGGAAGACAUCUCACUCCAACCGCUCCUCUGCGGGCCUCCAGUCCCCAGACUACCCCACCCUGCCCAUGACCCAGUCCACUGAGGCCCUGCAGCAGAGCAAACUGGAGCGCACAGCCAAGUUCACAAAGCACUUCUUCCUCAAGCCCACCCUGAGGGGCUUCAGCCUGCUGGGGCUGAGGAAGGGCCCCCGCCGGACCCCCAUGCUGGCCAGCCGCAGCUGUGAGGACCUGGACGGGCCCCCGGAGGCUACCGGCCCCCAGGCCUGGAAGAGAUCCCACUCCCUCGGGGACCUCCACUGGGAGCAGGCCUUCGACCAGAAGAAGGACUACAGCCUGGAGCUCAAGCCCGCUAAAGGUGUCUCCAAGUUGGGUAACAGCAGCAGGGUGAAGGGCCUCCAGGGUCAUGGAGAUGGGAGUUCAUCACUGGCUCAGAAUGGAGGGAGUGCUGUGAGCCCUAAAGGGCGUUCUGACCAACCCCUUGUGCCCUCCCAGCUGCCCCUCAGACCCCCCUGUCCCACCGCCCCGCUUCCCCAGCGCCAGGAGACCCUCCCCAGCCCCCUCCCCAGCCCUCCUGAACCCCAGCUGAGGGAGAGGAGCAUCCGGACUCACCCCAAAAAGCCCCGUCCCCCUCCCGUUCCAGUCAAGAAAUCCAAGGAGCGCCUGGCCAAUGGGAUCCGCCACCGCUCCCUUGUCCUUUCCUCCCCCACUCAUUCCUAUACCUCCACCCACUCUCAUCCCCCCAGCCCUGUCAUCAGCAGCCCCAGUGCACCAGCCCUCCCCAGUAAGGCCUCCAGUACCCCUGCCUCCCCCUCUCCAGCCUCCCCUGCCUCCACCACCACCGGCUGUCCAGAGCCAGAGGAACCAGGCACCCCUCCAGCCGUGCCCCCUCCCUGGCUGUCUGACCUGCCCGAGACGGCCUGCCCUCAGGCUCAGAUCCAGGGCGGUGGUGGCAAGAUGGCGGUGGCCAGGAAGGUGUCCUAUGCUAAAAUGGCAGUCGAUCUCCACAGUGUGCUGGAGCAGAGACUGGAGGCCGAGGGCAUCGACCUCACAGAGGAACCCUACUCAGACAAACAUGGUCGGUGUGGUAUCCCCCAGCCCCUGAUGCAGCGCUACAGUGAGGACUUAGAGCAGCCAGUGAAGGAUGUGGCCUCCAACAUGGACCAGGUUCGCGUCAAGCAGCUCCGUAAGCAGCACCGCAUGGCUAUCCCGUUUGGAGGUUUGACAGAGAUGUGCAGGAAGCCACUCUCCCCAGGUCACGUGAGCACCGUCUCUGAUUGGCUCGUGUCCAUCGGCCUACCCAUGUACGCCACACCGAUGGCAGCUGCAGGAUAUGACACGUUGGGACGUGUGUCUUCUCUCACAGAGAGCGGUGUGUGGGAAGCGGGGGUGCGGGACGAGAGGCACGUCCGUAGGCUUGUGAGCGAGGCCCGAUUGGUCAGCGCACACAGAGACGGACAGUCGUAACCGUGACAGUGGAGCCCAUGCAGGUGUAACUGAGACAGUUGAACGGCUACGGCACAGUUGAGACUAAAGCACAGUUGAGACUAAAGCACAGUUGCAAAUAAAUGCAGAACUGAAUAACUGUGAACGUGACCACAGCACAGCUUCCAGCACCUAUUGAGACUUUUGACUAGACUACGGAGUGCGGGUGGUUUGCAGCAACCUGUUCUUAGGCCCCCGUCUUUAUCAAUCUGUCUCUCUCUCUUUCUAUUCCUGUCUUUCAGAUGUUUACGGUGAGAUUGUUCCGACUGAACAGUUAUCAGAUGCCUUUAAAACUGACUGUUCCCUUCUGAAACAUCCCCCCCAGUCUUAAAAUACUGAGAACUGCCUUUGAGGAAAUUAGCACACUUUUCUUAGACUCUUUUUUUGACUCUCCUUUUAAAGACUAAAUGAUGUUUUUUUCUGUGUUUCAGAAGUGCUUGAUUUGUUUAAGAGAAAAAGCACUAGAGAGUAGUGAGAGGAUGUAGCUUGGCCAAAGCAAUUUCUUUCAAUGUGCAGAUUUCACCUUUGUUGUUAAUCCCAUUGCUAAAUGCUACAGUAGAUUGGAGAACAUGGUUUAUUGCAGAUAACACAACAACAAAAAAUAACACAAAACAUGAAAUAGGCAAACAUUGCUGUUAUAUUAAGAUUUAAAAUCCUUAUUUUCUAUCAUGCUAUAGUGUUUUUGUAAUAUACUGUACCAUAUGUUUUAAUUUCAAGGUGUUUUUACAGUAUGUGUUCAAUAAGUAUUGUGUGUCUGCUUUGUGGAAUGUCAAAGUCUGAAUGUCAGUCAUUGUAAGUAUAAACAGUCGGACAGAUCUCGACAUGAGUUUAUACAGUAUUUCAGAUUAUAUUGCAGAUUUUUUGGUUGCAUGUAAAUCCUCCAAUAUGUAGGUCCUUACAACAACACUAUCUACACAAUACCACUCUAUUAAUCUUCCAUGGGAGAUCAGCUUUUCUUUGCAGACAAUAUCGUCUCCAUAUAUCUAUCCAGGCGGAUUUUAAGUUGCCUUACCAUUAUGUAAAAAAAACAAUUAGAUGAAUACGUAUUCAUGUACUCAGCAUUAUAAAUACAGCAGGCAUUUCAACCCCCAUCUUUGACUAAGGCUUGAUUCCUCAGAGCCUCACCGGGCCAAUAUGUUUUGAAUGUGCUUGUAAUGACAGUGAUUGUUAGUAGAAGACACACACACAUGCACACACACGCUAGCAGCCACAUAGCUCUGUCGGUAGUGUCCUUGCUGUUCUUGUUAAGCACAGAUGUUGAUCCACAUGAAGUCUAAUUUAAACACAGUGUUCCAUGUUCAACAGCCAGCCAUAGACCAGCUCAGUACUGCAGACCACAGAGACAGACUGAGACAUGAUGUAGAUGAUCCACUCAGAAGGAAGGGCUAAGACGAGUGCUACAGCUGUUCCACAGAGACCCAGCUAACAGCUGGUUUAUCAUGUCCAUCUGAGCCUCUCUUGGAAGAACAAGAAUAAGAACAAGAACAAGAAGGGGGGUGUCUUAGAGAGAGACACAGUCAGGGAGUACAGAUGAGAAUGGGAAUGUACUGAAUCUCCAUUCACUGACCAGCAGACCAGACCUGUGAGUCCCUAGCAGUGGAUUCCUAGUCCAAGACCGGUGUGAGUGGAACCACCUACGUAAUGUCAUUCUAGUUAUGUGAAGUACUACAUAUUGCAAACAAUAUUCAAGUCUUAUCCCUUGUCUCGGGUUUCAAAAUACAAGUUUGCAGAGUGGUGUAACACAGGGGUGCUUUUGCAGUGGACACUCGAUAGAAGUUUGAUGCCUUUUCUCUUCAAUCAUAGUGGUGCUCCAGGUUAGCCUGGGAGACACUUGUAGGGGGAGUUUUUAAAGAAACAAAAAUACCUACAAUUUAAGAAGUAAAAAAUACUGUCACUGUAAAAUGCACUUUAGAAAGUAAAUAAAAAAUGUUUAAGCAAAAUUGGCAAAAUGUUCUUUAAGUCUGUAAGCAGACAUUUGUUUUCAGGUAAUGUAAAGGGUUUGAUUGAAUGGGUUAUACUGGUAUUUAGUUAUCUUAGUAUAGUUCCCAAUGCCAAGUCAAUGUACAAAUGUAAUUAAUAAUAAUUCAUGAAUUAACCCAUUCCAAUGACUUAACUUCCAAUUUACUUUUGCAGUCUUACAGAAAACAUAAUUACAUAUAUGAAAUGGUUAACAAGAGUUGCACAUUCUGUAUAUGUAAUUGGUAUUUAAAUAACUUAUUUUGGGUCUUUUCAUAUCAACUGUAAUUACUAUACAAAUAGCAAUACCUUCCUGCAAAUUGCAUUAGCCAGUGAAAAGCUACAGUGUUUAUUGUAAAAUAUAAGUGUACAAAUGAUUUAAUUUGGUUUCAACUAGCUAAUGAUUGUCUAUAAAGAUAUUCUUGUGUAUUGAAACAAAAAAUGAUGUCUAACUAUUUGUCAUUCUGAAAUAUAAUAAAAACGCUAUCGCCA